CCCCAAACUACUUGUGUAAGCUGUUAAUACCCAGGACGCGUUGUGUAGUAUAUUUAUUUUAUUUAAAUGGACAAAACGCAGGUGCCAAUGGAUGAUCCCAAAUCUGUCCAAAGGAUGUUUGAAGCUGCGGUCAAAGUGAUGAGGAGUUUACCUGAAGAUGGUGCCUAUGAACUCUCAGAUGACAUGCUUGCUAUCUUCUACUGUUACUACAAACAAGCCACUGUGGGCCCAUGCAAUACCUUAAAACCAAAUUCCUGGGAUCCUAUUGGUAAAGAUAAAUGGGAGGCUUGGAAAGCCUUAGGAAACAUUUCAAAAUAUCAAGCCAUGAGGGAAUAUGUUCAAGAAAUACAGCUGAUAAUUGAAACCCUCCCGGUCACAGACAGGAUGGCAGAAUUAAUGGAUGCUCUUGACCCAUUUUAUGAGAUAGUGGAGGAUGAAGAUGAAGCUGCAUGCAGUAAACCAGCACAGUUAUCCACAGGAGGUACUAAUGGUGAUAAAGAAGGUGAUGCUGAUUUAAAAGGCGAAGAGGAUGAAAGUGAUAGUUCUGUUGUGAAUAUAGAAGAUGACGCUGAUUUGAUGGAGGUGAAUAAAGAUUUAAACAUUUUGGCAGCAAGGGAGGGUGGAUUACUUGUGUUUAAUGGCAGUGAGGAGAGCAGCGUAUCGUCCUCUACCAAUGAAACACACAGUUCUUUAAAUACUGAGGUGCAAGAAGAUGAACUGGUGUACUGCAGAGAGCCUCCAAACUCCGGCUCAUCUGACUACUACCCAAGAGAUGAAUCAGAUGAUGACCUGUACAGCGACUCAAUCGAACAGCCAGAAACAACCCAAAAGGGUUCAGGAGUUCCCAGGGUCCGUUUGGCAGAUGUAAGUGCGGUCGGGGCCAACAUUAAGCAGCGACAAGGGGGAAACAGAGAAGCUCAGUGUGGGAAUCAGGAUGGAAAACCACAGGGAGUUACACCCCCCGUCCCCCACCCACCAGCACUUGGAACAGUCCAAACUGAUAGAAUGUCACAGAGCAGAGGAAGAGGCUGUCGGUUAGUGGAAACUAACUUGACAGAGCACAGUUGCCAAGGAGAUGGUGAGAUGAAAGGCAGGAAGGAGAAGCAGGCAUUUAACAUGCAGAUCGCCAUGACACUGUCACAGUUACAGAACAAUAUGCAGAAUGUGCUGCAAAGACUGACCACACUGGAAAUUCUGACAGCCUCACAAAUUGAAAGUAUUCCCCUAGAAAGUUGCCGCACAAACUCACCAAAUACGAGAUUACCAUGGUGGCCAUUAGACUUGUCCCCUAUCAGUGUAGUGCUUGCUGUUAUGUGGCCUUUUGCUGUGCACUGGCUUGUGCAGGUUUAUUUACUGAAGAGGAAGAGAUGGUUAAAGAACAAUCCAGUGAAGUGAAGAUCCAGGGACGGUCUGAUGGGUUCCUAAAAGAUUUCAAGUCGUCUAAUAGAUCUAAUGUAUACAAGCUUUAGGUCAUAAACAAAUAUAUUGAAUCACAACACUUUUGUGUUUUAUAUAGUUUACUUUCCUGCAUUGAGUGCAGAUAGUUCAGUCUGGCAACUUAGUCUGCCUAUUAAAGAUCCUUGUGAAACACAUGAUGGCAUUCUUACAUUUGCUUCUAAACGAUUACAUUUUGAAGAACAAUGGAGGAACCCAUAUAACUUGUAGAAGGACGCAGAUUUUCUUUUGCAAAUAAGGAUUUCGAAGAAGUUGAAAAUGUACUAAACCAUACAAAGAGAAAAAUUAUGCAAGAAGGAGGUGAAAUAUAUCUUAUUUGAUAUAAAUAUUAUGCAGAGUUUUAUUUGUGGACCAUUGUAUGUAUAAUUCAAGUAUUAUAAUCAUAUUUAUAAGCACAAGUCUUAUUAAAAAUGUACAAUAAUUA